UUCUGGUUAUCAUCAUCAUCAUCAUCAUGUAUUCUGCAUUGCAUCAUGUUUUUUUCUUUCGAAUGAAUUUAAUCAAUUUUAUUUAGUUAAAAAUUAUUUGAAUUUCUUUAAAAAAAAAUGGCGGAUUCUACGCCAACCUCGACCGCCGAUAAUAAAUCGAUUAAUAAUGAAGCUACAUUAGCACAACGACGUCAACGUCGUUCAACAUCAAAUCUAUUUAAUCAACAACAACAACAAUCAUCAACUACGACAACAACAACAACAACAACACGUAAAUCCACUGUUAUCGAUAAUUUACCAUCAAAAUCAACAAUAAAAUCAGAUAAUCAAAAAGAAUUGGAUGAUAAUGAUAAUGAUGCUGUUGAUGAUAAUAUUAUUGAUAAAACAAUUUCCGAACAAUUACAAAAACAUAAUAAUUGUCGUUGGUCAUUAACAGAACCAUUAGAAGCAUGUGAUAUACAAGGAAAUUGGUAUCCAGCUAAAAUUGUUGAAAUAAAAAAUGAUAAAGUUAAAAUACAUUUUUUACGUUGGAAAAAACGAUAUGAUCAAUGGUUUUGUAUGGAUACGGAUUUGAUUCGUCCACGUAGUGAUACAUUGAAUCAAUCAAAUUCUAAUCAAAUGAUGGCACAAAAAUCAACGAAAUUUGAUUUGAAUGAAGAAAUAUUAGCACGUUGGACUGAUCAGAAAUAUUAUCCAGCACGGAUAACAACAUUUUAUAGUAAAGGACAAUAUUGUCAAGUUUUAUUUUAUGAUGGUUAUCGUAAAAAAGUUAAAGUUAGUUCAUUACAAAAAAUGCCCGAUAAUUAUGAAGGUGAACAAAUACCACCACCACCACCAUUAUUACCAAUUCAACCGAUUACAUCAUCAUCAUUACCAACAACACCAUCGAUGACACCAGGGUUAAAUCUUGAAACACCUGAAUCAAUGCAAAAAUUUAAUAAUUCAUUUGUAUGCGAUAUAUGUCAGAAAGGUUUUCGUAAAGAAAGUCUUUUAUUACAGCAUAAAAAACAUUUUCAUAAAACAGAAUUAGGUGAUGAUGUACCAUCAUUAGUUCCACCACAGCUACGUAUACAUAAAACAAAUCGUCAACAUGAUAAACAUUCGAAAACAUUAGAUUCUGGUGAUGAUAUUCGAAUUUCGAAAAUUAAAACCGAAACACAUGAUUCAAGUGAAGAUGCUAUAAACAUCAACGAAUCUUUAGAUCGUGGAAAACGUAAAAAUAAUGAAUCAACACCAUCACCACAAUCAAAUGAUUCAAUUGUUGUUGGUAAAAAAAUAAAACUAGAACAAGAUCAUGAUUCAGGUGAAUCGGUUGAUUCACCAAAAUCCAAUAACCAUCAUAAUCAAACAAAAUCAUCAACAAUGAAAUCAUUAACAGUAAUAUUACCUGGAUGGUCAAGAAGAUCAUCAACAAAACCAAAUACAACAUUAUUAUUUAAAGAUGCAAAAUUAGAAGCUGAAGAACAUGAAAAUGAUAAUAUUGAAGAAUUUGUUAAAUGUAUUUGUCCAUUGGAUGAAGAAAGUGGCCUUAUGGUUCAAUGUGAGUUAUGUUUAGCAUGGCAACAUGGAUCUUGUGCUGGUUUUCAUAGUGAAAAUGAUGUUCCACCAAGUGGUUAUUUUUGUCAAUUUUGUCGUCAAGCACCGAAAAGUGUACGAACACAACAAAAUUCCUAUCAAUUAAAUCAUUGGCUAAAAAAUGGUCAACCACCACAAUUUACAUCGGCUAUGUUUGGAUUAAAUGAUGGAAUGAUUAAAAAUAUGGAAUCUGUUAAUAAUAAAUUUAUGAAUCCAAUGAUGAAUUAUAUAAAUGGACAACACCAACAACAACAACAACAAAAACUUCAAGAAUCAUCGAUGGGUAUUGGAAUGAAAAAAUCUGAAAUGAUUGAUAAUGGAUUUUUUGGUUCAGAAAUGGAUAUUGUUCUACAUCAUCAUCAUCAUCAUCAUAGGCCAAUGGAUUCAGAUCCUGAAGAUAAUGAUGAUGAAGAUGAUGAUCUACAACAUCUUCGUGCAACAAAUCAAUUAUCAUCAGCACUUUAUGAUUGUAUGGUUAAUUUACAUGCAUUGAAUUAUAAAAUUCAACAACAACGUGAAAAAUUUAAUAAUGAUGAAAUAGCCGAAAUUGAAGAACAACAACAACAAUUAUUAUCAAAUAUGGAUAUUAUACAACAAAAAUUGGAAAAAAUUGAAAAAGAUAUUGAACAAAAAGAUUCAUAUGCUAUUCAUACAUCAAGUUCAACAUUAUCGGCAACAUCACCAGAAAAUUUUGGUAUCAGUUCGGAUGUUGUUAUGCCUAGUUUACUUCCACCACCUCCACUACCACCAACAACACCAAUUAAAUCGACAAAUUUAUUUGGCGAAUCAAAUGAUUCAUCUUUACAAAAUCAACCAACAUUAUCGGCAUUAAAUUCUACAGAUAAUAAUGUUAGCCAUUGUGAUUCUGGUAAUAAUAAUAAUGAUUUAUCACAAAAACAAUUAACAAAUGAUCAGCAAUCAUCAACAUCAUUACAACCACCAUUAGCAAGAUUAUUAUUAACAACAACAACAACAACAACUAAUCAAACUGGAAAUAAUACAGGAAAUUCAUCUUGUUCAUCAUCAUCACAUCAACCGAAUACAAAUCAUCAUCAUCGUCAUCCAUCAAUGACACAUGAUUUUCUACCAAUCAAUCUAACUGAUGGUGAAAUGAAAUUAGAAAUAUCGAAUCAUUAUCAUGAUUUACAGAUUGCACGUGAACUUGUUCUAUUAUGUAGUCAAUAUUAAUCCAUCAUUCAUUCAUUCAUUAUCAUCUAAAUUUGCCAUAAUAAUUAUUUUAUUGAAUUUUUUUUAUAAAUUUUUUCACCAAACAAAACAUACAUUUCAAAUAGUCUGU